CAAAGUAAAUACUUUAUUUUAAAAGUUAAAAUAUUUUUCUUGUUGUUUAAAUUAAAAGAAAUAGCAGAGAUGGAGGGUUUUGCGUCCGUGCAGGAUCUGCAGGCGCUGUCCGUUCUGCUCUCCCCACAGGACGAGGAUGAGGAGCAAGAUCUCCAGGUUUACGCUCCCAAAACAUAAAUUGAAGCCUAUGGCGAGAAUGGGCCCAGGACACAUCGGUGCUCCUGCUGCACCUACGGGGGAAAACAACAAAGAGGGUAGCACUGCCUAUAUGAAGAAGAACAGCAAAGAUAUCUGGGAUGAGGGUGAAGUGACUGAGGGAGCGCACUUUAAUGACAUCACAGACCCAAGGCCCCAGCCAGAGUACGAGAUUGUGUUGAAACAGUCUGUUAGGACUGAAGACUUGUUUCUUGGCUUGAGCAGAAAGGACCCCUCAUCCAUGUGCUGUGAUAGCAUGCUGGUGAGAGUUAAACUACCAGGUACAAGAGCUUCCGAUUUGGUGCUGGAUGUGAGAGAGACAUUUCUUGACCUCAGAACUCCAAACUAUAAGUUAGGUCUUCACCUGCCUCAUCCAGUCCACAAACAGGAAGGAAAUGCCAGAUUCAUCACAGAAAGGGAAGAACUGGAGAUUACACUGCCCAUGAACAGACCAAUGGAUUGCAUCAACCUGGCCUGAGAGAGAGACCAUGAGAGAGAAUGAACCAUGAGCUGCUUAGACCUGCAAAGGGGCUGAAAAUGCAUUUGCAAUUUCUAGGACUGUAGCUGCAGUCUUACAUUGUAUAGACAGUUUUGCCUCUGAUUAAAGUACCUCACUAAUCAUCAAUUGUGUUAGCUCAGAACCAGGAAAUAUAUUUGCACUGAAAUAUUUCCACAACUUCAACUAACAAAGGAGUGAGAUGGGAAAUAGGAACAGGUCCUAUGUAAGAAGUCCCUAUAAAAGUUGUCCUGUUUUUUACUAUUACAAAGCCGUUUUAU